GGAGCAGGCUUUGAAUUACAGGCCACCCCCUCUCCAUCUCCCAGCCCCCCAACACAGACGCUACAUUCAACAGAGGAAACGGAAAAGACGAAACAUACAAGAAGGUUUUUCAUUUCAAAACCCCGGGGCUGUGGAAAGAACAGAGAGUUCCUUUUUAUACCAAAACUUGUCCAAUUUUGGCUUCAUUGACAAACCACAAACCCGGUCUUCCAGCCCGUUAUUUCCGCCUUUUGCCCAUCUUUUCCCCAGCUGUUUGCAGCUGGCAGAAAGCACCCGCCCUGUUCGCGAAAAAGGGACUGAGAGUGACCGGAGGAGGAGAGAGAUGCCACCCCAACCUUCCCAGCCGCAGGUGAGGAAGAAUAUCCAGAAGUUCCUCAAGAGUUUUUUGGGAAUCAUCCGGAUCCUGCAGAUUGUGUUCGGAGCCGGGCUGUGGGUCACCAUCGCCGCAAACAAAUACGAAGGAUCCAUCCACUUCGUCCUGUUCGUCGCAGUCCUCUUCUGGCUCCUCACCCUCGCCCUUUUCUUCCUCACCCUGCUGGACAAGCAGGACCUCGUCCCGCUGCUGGGAGGGGAGCGCUGGUUGUGCACCAACCUGGCGCACGACGUGGCCGCUGCCGUGCUCUACAUGCCGGCUAUCGGCGUCAUGAUCUACAAGACGGAACGCAAUUCGUACUGCAACCUGGAGCAGUACACGCACCUCUGUCUGUACAAGAUCUACCUGACAGCCGCCGUGUUCGCCUGCCUGUGCUGCCUGGCUUACCUCAUGUCGGUUAUUUAUGGAGCGUGCAGGAAGUGUCGAGGGGAACAGACGGUCAUCUGAUGAGACUG